AUGGAGGGUAGUUCGAUCUUCUCCUUCCUCAGACGACCGGACCCAAAACAUUUCUUUAGUCGGCCUGCGUCAACUUUUUCGAAAUCCUCGAUGCCCUUCCAGAGCCCCUACGUUUUUACCAGAAAAAUUUCCCAAGAAAGAAUGCUGGGAGAAAAACCACCGGAGUCAAUGUUUGCGUACACGGCUGGUCGGUGGUUGCAUCUUGACAAACUGCAACGCGAUGCCCGGUUUGUCAAAUUUAACUACGACCGCUUGUGUGAAAAAGUACUUUCACUCUGUCCCUCUGCUGCUUCUAUCAGAAGCUUUCAGAAGCUAGAGGGUGGGUUCAGCAAAGCAUUCAUCCUCGAAACAGAUAGUGGCAGGAAAUUAGUUGUCAAAUUCCCUACCUCUGUUGCUGGAUCAGCCAAGCAUAUAACAAACUCCGAGGUUGCAACGAUUACUUACCUGCAACAAAACACAAAAAUCCCGAUCCCAGACAUCUUAGACUGGAGUGAUGACCCUGCCAAUCCAAUUGGCUCAGCCUACAUCAUUAUGGAACAUGCCGGUGGUAUCCUACUUCAAGAGGCAUGGGCAAACAUACCAUCAGAUAAGAAGGUAAAGUGUAUCGGAGCAAUAUGCACAAGUAUUCUCCCAAUAACUAAACUUGAUUUCUCAGCCUAUGGUAGCCUUUACUUUGCCAAUGCUUCAUUUCUUGACAAGUCUAAACAAAAAUUAAGUAGCAAUGAUGAAUAUUGCAUCGGACCUCAUUGCAGGAGUAGCACCUACUGGAAUAACAAUGUUGGGCACGACCUCCCCUCAUACGCCUCUGCUUUAAUCGACUCUGGAUUUGCACGGUUGCCACCUGCCAACCAGCCUCUUUCCCUCCAACAGCAGGCCUCAUACCAAGGUUCCAUUGACCGACACGUGGAGCUUCUCAAAACAGCCCAAGAUGUUUUCCCCCAUCUUGUACAACAUCCAGAGAUCCAAGCUAAUUCAUCACCUACCCUGUUCCACCCAGACCUUCACAAGAGGAAUAUUUUUGUCUCCCAAGAUGAUCCUACAAUUGUCACUGGGAUCAUCGACUGGCAAGGCGCAAGUAUUGAGCCAGCGUUCUAUUAUGCAGAUGAGAUACCCGAUUUUGCCAAAAUUCCUGCUGAAGGGUUACCAGACUCGGCAGAAGAGUCUCUUUGCUACCAGGCAUAUGAGGUAGGGUUAGCCUUGCUAGCACCUCGUCUCGGGGCAACCAGGAAGAUUGACGAGACGCUCCUCCGGCCAUUCCGUUAUUGUCAUCGCACAUGGCGGGACGGGUUUACCCCAUUUACUCACGAACUGAUGAGGUUAAAGGACUCAUGGGGAAAGCUUGGCUUUCAGAGAGAUUGUCCCAUUCCAACCAUGGGUGCAGAAGAGAAGAGCUUCUAUGAAGAACAACUUGGUAUAUAUGAUGGAAUGUUGGAGUUUAGACGAGAUAUGAUUGAGAUAUUGGGGAUUGAGGAAGACGGUUGGGUGUCUGCAGAGCGCUGGGAGGAGGUAAAGAAAGCACACCAAGGUUUCAAUGAGACUCUUAUGGAUCGAAUGGAAAAUGAUGAGAGUCGUCAGGAACUUCGAACCAUAUGGCCGUUUGAUCAAUGCCAGCCUCGGGCUCAGUUACACAGGGAAACAUUAAUACAUGAGGAGUAUAGGUGA